AAUCCGCUGAUUUGUGAACGCGCGACUUCUCCCUGCGCGCGCUCCCGAGAGGUGGCGGCAGGGCGGUAGUGGAAGGCGCGGCUGCUCUGCUCAGACGCUCCGGACUGAACGCUUUAGUAAAGGUUAGACUCCUCAAUAGACAUCAUGUCAAGCAGCCUAAUUAGACGCAUUCGAAACACUCCUCAGCCUUCAACACCGGCACUAGUAUGUUCAAAGUUGGGUGUUAUCAUCCUACCCAUUGCUCAGAUCGCUAUAGGGGCAGUAUACAUGCAUGAGUGCCCACGUCAGCCCUACAUCCCCAUCUAUCUGAUAGUAGCAGGGUCCUUCAGCAUGCUUCUUACAAUUCUUUCGUGUUUGCCCUGUGCCCGGGAGACCGAAGGGGGCCCGCCCAAUAAGCUGUCCGCUAUCUGCACAUUUUGGAACGCGAUAACAUCUCUUUUCCUCUUUGCCUGGUUCAUCACAGGUAACGUGUGGAUCUACUCGAUUUACCAGCCCAACUACAACAAGAAUGCAACGGACAUAGACUCCUACUGCAACAAGUCUCUCUACCUGUUUGCCUUUUGGACCACCACGCUGGUCUACAUCAUGCUGGCCCUGUUCGUUAUCAUUGGCUUCUGCGUCCUCCUCUGCAUGUGCCUGUGCGGCCGGGCCGAUCCAGAUGAUGACGUGUAGGGAUCUGUGUUUACACCCCGUGUGGCUGCACGUAUACGUGAAGUUGUCUUGGUGUUUCUGUUGCACCAAGGUUCAAAACACACACCUGGGAGGUCCUUUAGCCCUCAGAAACCUGCUCCAACACGUCAGAAGGAUAAAUGACAGAACGAGUUACUCAACAUUUUUCUUUACAGCUGUGGCAGAUGUACACUUGACUUCCUGAAUGUGUAGACUUUAACACAGAUUCUUGAGAUGGUUAUGAUCUUUUUUACUUCUGGGAUCAAGUUGGAAAUGUUAUUUGUUUUUCUUUUCUUCAACUGCAUUUCUCAAUGACGUAUUAUUGGGUGCUGUUUUCAUGCGGUGCUUUGAACCUGACCUGAAUGCAAGAGGAAAUGUUUAGAUAUCUGCUUUUAAUGUAACGCUCUUGCUCAUUUAUUCAACAGUCUUCAUUAAAAAAUACUAUUACAUCAGAAAUUAAAAUAACUAAAUCGGUUCACUUAAACAAUCAGCUGUUCUUUAGCAGGAAUUCACAUCUGAAUCCGUGAAAACCUCAGCACGCUUAACGUUUUCUUUACUCACUUUACUAAAUACGCUGCUAAAAGACAACCAAGUACAGCGAGAGAAGAAAGCAGGAUGUUGAAGUCGGUUUAAGACUAAAACUGCUGGACUUCAGAUGAAAAACUGUAAAAGCAUCAGGAUGUAAACAUGUGGCAAUGUCCUUGAUGUGAAGUGGGCAACAACAAACUAGAAAUGCAUGGUUUCUCUACGAUCUUCUAAGAUUGUGCAACAGACAGAAAUACCUGGAAAUAAAAACUGGCCUGUUCAUAGCUUA